GGAACACAUCGAACAACUCCCGGGACUCAAGUCUCAUUCGUCGCCGGCAAUGCAUUAGCCAAAACCCAAAGCCACAGUGGACGAUUCCGUCAACAAAAAAUGUUGCAGAGCACCUUCAAUUUCUUGCCCUCAAAUCUGACCAGUACAUCUGCUCCUGAUCUUCUCUCGCUCCCUCCACUCUCCUUCACAUCAAAACCCUCCUCUUGCUGCCAGCAUUACCAGUGUCGGCUAAAACAACCCCAGAAAAGGGGGCGGUUGUUGGCACUAUGUUCCAGUUAUGCGGUUGGUGGUGGAUUCCCAGAUGAGGAAUUGGAUAUGCGAGACAGAGCAAAUGGCAGCAGUAGAACCCCAGAACAAAAGGGCCAGAAAAUAGACCCUACCCAGUAUGAAGCUAUUCUUAAAGGAGGUGAACAGGUCACUUCUGUUCUUGAAGAGAUGAUCACCCUUUUGGAAGAAACAAACACGGAUGAAGCGUCUGAGGAGGUGGCAGUGCAAUUGGCUGCACAUGGAGUCAUUGGGAAAAGAGUGGAUGAAAUGGAAUCAGGGUUUAUGAUGGCACUAGAUUAUAUGAUUCAAAUUGCUGAAAGGGAUCAGGAUGACAAGCGGAAGUCAUUAUUGGAAGUGAUCAAGGAGACUGUACUAUCUCAUCUUGCAAAAAAAUGCCCCCCACAUGUUCAAGUGGUUGGUUUGCUCUGUAGAACUCCUGAGAAAGAAAGCAGACAAGAACUACUUCGUCGAGUGGCUGCUGGUGGAGGUGUUUUUGGAAACAAGAAUGACACCAAAGUCCAUCUUCCUGGAGCAAAUCUUAAUGACAUAGCUAAUCAGGCUGAUGAUUUACUUGAAUCCAUGGAAACUCAGCCUGUUGUUCCAGAUCGGAGACUGCUGGCAAGGCUUGUUUUGAUCAGAGAGGAAGCUCGAAAUAUGAUGGGAGGUGGAAUACUGGAUGAGAGAAAUGAUCGCGGCUUCAAUACACUUCCUGAAUCAGAGGUGAAUUUCUUGACCAAAUUGGUAGCUUUGAAACCUGGGAAAACUGUCCAGGAAAUGAUAAGAAAUGUAAUGCUGGGGAAGGAUGAAGGUGCUGACAAUUCUGGCAGUGAGGAGGAUAAAACUGUGGGCAAACAGGUUUCUGGUGGAAUCGCUGGAAGAGCAAGUGUUACAGGACGAACGCCACGUCCUGUACGCCCUGGCAUGUUUCUUGAGACUGUCUCCAAGGUCUUAGGUGGUAUAUACUCUGGAAAUGUCUCUGGGAUUACAGCACAACAUCUGGAAUGGGUUCAUCAAAAGACGCUUCAAGUUCUUCAGGAAAUAGCAUUUUAGUUUUGCUUGUGGCAGGUGAUACAUAUCCCCCUCAGCACUAGCCCAUUUUUUAUCAACUGUGUGCCGGUGUUAGGAAAUGACUCGUCAGGUUCCCAAAAUAUCAAAUGUCUAGUUCUAUAUUAUUGGCCCCGGUCCUAUUUUUGUAUACAUGUUGAAUAGAACAAAUUCUGCAGAAUGAUUUAGAUUGCAGCAGUCUUUGCAGCCUGAACUUGAAAGUAAUAGAUGAAAAGACAUGCAGUUGAUGCACGUGUUUGAAAAGGUGAAUCAAAAGACGAUUCUUACAUUGACGGCAAGUAUAAUCUACUGGUGUCUGAAACAUCCUGUUGAAGAGAAACCGUCCGGAAUUUCAGAUAAUGAGAGUGGUAGCCAAGUGAACUCUGCCUCAGAGUCAUCAAUAGAAGAUGGUUAGUGUAUAGGUUGUGAAUAACAGAGUGUUUUGAAACUCUGAUCCUCAUUUUUUAUUUUUCUGUUUAAAGUUUUGUUCUUCUGUAAUCAAAUUCUCUUGUUUAGCAGCCAGUAAUUGAUGAUUUUAUUCACCGA